AUGUCGAAGAAGAAGUCAAAGACUACAGCAUCAUCUGCAUCCGUCGUAGCCGCAUCUCCAGCCUCAUCAAAUCCCUCAAAGGAAGCUCCUCCUACUCCAAGCUCUGAAGAUGCCUCAAACGAAAAAGACGAUGAUGAACAAGAGGAAGUUCAGCAAGGAUUUAGAGGUCAAGCUAGUAAAGAUAUGAAGGCUGUUACUGGAUAUCUUGGAGAAGAGGGGAUAGGUGAAUUGGACCAAAGUAAACUGAACCAGGCUAUGGCAUCCAUGUCUGAUUUAAAUCGGAAGCAAAAGGCGCAAAAGACUACAAGAGACAAGGAGCUGGAUAAAGUCGUAAUCGCUGCCAAGGACGUUGAACUAAUAAUGUCUGAAAUGGAAGUUACACGUCUUGUGGCUGAACGUUCAUUACGUGAAAAUAAAGGGAGCGUGGUGGAGACGCUGCACAUGAGUUCUGCACGAGACAGGAAGAAGGCUUACGUAGUCGGUGUCGGCAUGACCAAAUUCGACAAGCCAGGCAAACAAAACAAGAAGGAUUACCCCGAUUACGGUCUCGAAGCUGCCACCAAGGCACUCAUUGAUGCCGGUAUCCGAUUCGAUGAGGUCGAGAUGGCAACUGUUGGUUACGUCUUUGGUGAUUCUUGCUUUGGACAACGUACUUUAUACCAAUUGGGUUUGACUCAAAUCCCUAUUCAAAACGUCAACAACAACUGCUCAACUGGUUCAACUGCCUUGUUCAUGGCCCGUCAAGCCGUAGCUGGUGGAAUCGUUGACUGUGCCAUGGCACUUGGAUUUGAAAAGAUGAACACUGGAAGUCUUGGAGCUACAGUCUUCCCACAUUUGAGACGUCCUGGUGAAGUUGCUGGCAAGCUCAUGAACGAAAUCUACCCCUUCGAUCCAAAGGCCCCUGGUGCUCCACAGACGUUCGGCAAAGGCGCUAUGGAGUAUAUGAAGGAACACCCAGACUCCCUUCCAGCACAUUUGGAUAUGAUUGCACACAAGAACCAUCUUCAAUCCACCCUCAACCCAUACUCGCAAUUCCGAGACUCGUACACCAUUGAACAAGUCCACGAUGCCCGUAAAAUCUUUGGCCCAUUGACCUUGUUGCACUGCUCUCCAACAUCCGAUGGUGCUGGAUGUGCCAUUAUCUGCAGCGAAGAAUUCGUAAAGAAACACGGUCUUGAAGCUCAGGCUAUUGAAAUCGCUGCUCAAGUUAUGGCUACUGAUUCUGCUCUUGCUUUCGGUGUCAACAACCACCCAAUUAGUGCUCAGCAACUUGCUGGUGUUGACAUGACUCGACGUGCCGCCAACGAGCUUUACAAGAUUGGAAAGAUCACUGCUCAAGAUGUUGAUAUUGUUGAGCUCCAUGACUGUUUCUCUGCUAACGAGCUCAUCACCUACGAUGCUCUUGGAAUCUGUCCUCCUGGAAAGGCUGGUCCAUGGAUUGCAUCUGGUGCUCCAUACCACCCCAAGUUUGCCCCACCAGGCUCCAACCCAGUUAAAAGAGUACCAGUCAACGUUUCUGGUGGAUUAAUCUCCAAGGGUCAUCCUCUAGGAGCUACCGGUCUCGCUCAAUGCACUGAAAUGACUUGGCAAUUACGUGGAUGGGCCGGUGAACGACAAGUCCCUGGCGUCAAAUACGCCUUACAACACAAUGUUGGUCUAGGUGGUGCCGUCGUGUGUACUCUGUACAAGAAGGGUUUCCCAGAUGCCAAACCAUCCGCCGUCGAUGGAAGAACCAGAUUGGGAUACAAUCCUGCUACUGAAGCUCGUCCAAUCACUUUGGAACAAUUCGAUCAAGCCAAAUCUGUCGCGGGAUCUAUUGGACCUCGUCCAGAAUGGCCUUUGAAGAGUUCGUCUGAAUCUGCUGCUCGUCUUUAA